AUGGGCCGUAAUUACGCUUUACCUGCGGCCCAGAUAGAUUUCCUCGAGUCAUGGCUCCCUCGUUACAUCAACUGCCAGUCCUUUGGUGGCUUUUAUGACUUGUGGCGCGACCUUCCGCUCGCGUUUCACGCUAAGUUUCCCGUCGUUCCGACGCAAAAGGAACUGAAGAAGGCGAAGAACAACCGGGCGGUCGCUAUAGCAAACUCGAAGGCCAAGAUGCUGAAGUAUAUGAGGGGAUACUACGCUAAUAGAACGCGCACCGGUGGUACCAACCGGGGUGGUCGCAAGCUCUUGCUGAAGAUAUGCCGCGUUAACGGCAAGAAAAAGAAGCGGACGCGUGUGCCGCACGCCUGGCAGACCUACUCGACGCUCAUCAAUUUCCGCACCAACAACGAAGUGAAAGCCGAAUUCAAAGCCGCAUACACCGCAUAUCGUGACACACUUGCGGAAGGCGCUACUGCCGUGAAAGAAAUCACCUUUCGUGGACGAUGGCUCGCGGAUCGGCUGAGUAAAGAGUCCGAGGAUGUUAGGGCGCAAGUCGAAAGCCUGCGUCAUAAGAAGAGUGCUCAUCGCUCUACCGGAGAAGACUCUGAUUCCGAUUCCGAUUCCGACAACCACGAGGAUGAUAUUGAGGGCGAGGCGGCGGAGCAACCGCCCGAAACGCGGUGGUCGUUCUGUGUCUUCGCUUGUGGACCUGAGCCAAAGUACGGGUCGGUGCCCAGGUCUUAUAGCUAUGCCAAUGGGGGGACAUCGACACUCGAUAACGUCUUCAAUGCUCAAGAGAAUGAGUGGAAGACAUUCCAGGCUGUGUGGGACAAGUGGUCUACGGAGCGUUAUCCCAACGGAUGGUCAGGGGUGCACGCCGCCGUAGCGAAGUACACUGCAUCCGGCAUGACCAGGCAGGAGGCAUUGGAGAAACUUUCCCCUGUUACCGAUGAUGCAGAGAAGGACAAACCCCGCAAGAAAACUCGGAAGGGCCGUGGCAAGACAAAGUCAUGCGACAACGGGUCUUCAAUGCCUGGCCACGGAUCUGAGUCCGAGUCGGAGCUGGAGCCCACACCGUCCCCCGCGCCUGAGCCUGCGUCGUCCCCCGCACCCGAGCCUGCGCCGUCCGCCUCACCCGAACCUGCGCCGUCCCCCGCGCCCGAGCCUGCACCGUCCGCCUCGCCCAAGCCUGCACCGUCCGCCUCACCCGAACCUGCGCCGUCCCCCGCGCCCGAACCUGCGCCGUCCCCCGCGCCCGAGCCUGCGCCGUCCGCCGCACCCCGUUUUGACGGUUUCGAUCCACCACCGUUCGACUUGUUGAACCCGCCGCCGUUUGAUGACUUGAACCCGCCGCCGUUUGACGACUUGAACCCGCCGCCAUUUGACAGGUUUGAUCCGCUGCCGUUUGCAGCCCCCGAGCCCGUACCAUUUGAGAUCGCCGUGCCCGUGCCGUUUGGAGCUCCCGACUCCAUGCCUCCCGAAGUUUCGGAGCCGUCUGCACCACCGUCAGAC